GGACCCAUCUAACAUUAGAGUAGGAUCAGUGUUGUCAGAGGGAUCGUGCGCGAUCACAUUUCUUCUUUCUUCUUCGUUUUUCAAUAUUUAACGCAAUAUCCAGUCGAAUGUGAUUCAUAUUUUAUUGAAAUUUAAAAAAAAAAAAAAAAAAAAAAAUAGUGAUAAUGGUGCUUUCAUUGAGGAUAUAUUUAAUAAUAGCAAUCGGUACACAGUACAGUCAAUUGAUUCGAGGUGGUAGAAGCCUUCCAACAACAGUGAAAACUUACGAGAAUGACACUGUGGUGUUACCAUCAUGCAAUGAAUAUGCUCUAUUCAAUGAAAAUUUAGAAUUACCGACAAGAGUGAUGUGGUGGCAAGAUGGAUUAUUGCUCGUUGAUAGUGAUGACACAAAUGUUGUCCCACCUGAACGAGUAAGAUUGUGGAACAAUGGAAGCCUCGAGGUGUAUCGUGUACAACAGAAAGAUACUGGUGAAUACAAAUGCAAUGCUUCUCGUCCUGCACCCUGGGGUGGUGUCAUUCAAAUUCAUGCCAUCGAAGUCAUGUAUCCACCCAGUGUCCACCCACUUCCAGAAUCUGGAGAGCUCGAAAUCAAUUUAGGAGAAACAGUCGAUAUGGCAUGUGUUGCCAAAGGCAUCCCUGUACCAAUUAUCUCUUGGAAAUUUAAAGGUGAAGUGAUACCACUGCUUGACCACAGAGAUCGUCUUCGAUUUAGAACUGACAACGUUAAUCAAACCGGACGUUAUUCUUGUGAAGCAGACAAUGGAGUGGGAGAUCCGGCUUUUGCCACUAUUGAUCUCAAAAUUCGAUAUAAACCGAUGAUUGAAGUAAGGAAGACGUGGAUUCACGCAUCUCCUGGGAUACGUGUGCAAUUCGAUUGCAGGGUCAGUGCUUGGCCCGAGGCGAAGGUCGAGUGGUAUUUUAAGGAUACAAGAGUGCCUUAUUCACAAAGAAUAGUGAAACAAACAAAUGACAAUGUUCAUAGUUUAAUUAUAAGACAAGUGGUGGUGUAUGAUUAUGGACAAUAUAUUUGCAAUGCGACAAAUUCUCUUGGAUCGGCUGAAACAAUUAUUGAAUUAUCAGGUGUUGCAAAUCCAGCUGUUUUCAAAAAAGAAUCACAUGCAAUUACUAAAACAGCUUAUAAUUUUAUAUGGGAAGUUGAUAGCUACAGUUCUAUUAUUGAAUAUCAAUUUUGGUUUCGAAGGUAUAAGAAAGGUGAGGACUGGGUGAAAUUAUUCGUUCCAAGUGGAAGUAAUGCCAUUGGACCACUGCAUACGAGAUCUUUCAACUUGACUGGAUUACAGCAAGGAACUAUUUAUGAAGCUCUAGUUUCAUCAAGAAAUCGUGACGGAUGGAGUAAACCUUCAAAACUUUUUAUAUUCACAACAGACGAUACAUAUGAAAAUAAAGCUGCUGAAUAUGCAAGGACAAAAGUUCAAGAUGAAAAAUUAAUUCCAGUUGUUCAUUUGGCUUCGAUGUCACAACAAACUUCCAUGAAUGAUGCAAUUAUUAGUGGAACAAAUUCUCAUCAUAUAAAUAUUUUCAUAACAUUAAUAUCAAUUUUCAUUUGUUUAAAUCAGUGAAUUUUUUUUAUAUAGAAAAAAAAUAUUGUCAAUCACAUUGUUUCACUUUUAUAACACAGAAAAUUAUAAGCUUCACAGAAAAUUAAAAGGCAUUAAAAUAAGCUGC